CUUUUUUAUGUCGCGAAUUCAGCUGUGGUAAUAUUUAGGCCCCGAACCGGUUUACCGAUAUUUCGGACCAGAUGUAACAAUUAACUCUAUUUCGGAUAAAUCAUUAUAUGCUGCAAACGAAUAAAAAGAAUGGUAAAAGUUUGUGGUAUACCAUAUGUCAUUCUCAAAUUUUCAAAAAUAAAGAUUGUGAAAAAAAUAAGAGUUAUGAUACAAAUUAUCAAGCUAGUAUGCAAGUGGAUACUUCUAUAAAGAACUCUAACAAAAAGUUACAUUCUUUGAAAUUUUUAGAUGAGUUUGGUUGGUAUUGGGGUCCUUUGACAUGGAUUGAGGCUGAAAAACAAUUAAAAAACAGUUCGGAAGGUUCUUUUUUAAUCAGAGAUAGCACCGAUGACUACCAUUUAUUUACUCUUAGCUUUAAAACCAAUGGAAAAAUUUUCCAUUUUCGAUUGCAAAAUUUAUAUAAUUAUAUGGAUCUAAUUAAAAAUGUAAAAAAUUCAAUAUGGGAAUGUCUUCUGCUUGGCAAUGAUGAUAACAAUUUGUUUUACAAGCAUUCUAUUAAAGAUCUUCCUACCGAUAUUUGUAAUAACCCUCCUAUCCCUUUAGCGCUAUAUCUUGAAAAGCCACUAAAUCGGUUUAAUAAAGCAUAUUCUCUCAAAUAUGUUUGCAGGUACAAAAUACUAUCUAUGAUUAAUAGAGAUCAAUUACAUGAAUUGAAUAUUCCUGACAGACUGCAAGCUUAUCUGCGUGAUCCGAGAUAUUUAAUUGAAUAAUUUAUAUCAAGAAUCUGGAACAAACCUGAGAAGAAAAUCAUCAAGCUAUCACAUUUUUGAAAAUUAAUACCAAACAUGUGUUAUUUAAUAUCAUCCUAACAAGCGAUGAUAUAAAAAACCUUUACUUUUGUUCAGUUCAAUUUUAUACUUUUAAUUUACUUUAAGAUUAUAAAAUUCUAAAUUGUUUUAUAUAUUUCAUCGUAAUAAAUGACAAAUGGAUUUCAA